GUAGGAUGUAUUUUAAAUGAAGGAAAAAGCUGAAACGGGUAGAGACUGUUCUCUUCUCUUUCUCUUUCUCUUUCUCUUUCUCUCACUUACUUUAGCUUUUGAUUACAACUUAAAACAUCUCUGAAACUCACACACACACACACAUUCUCUCUUGAAUCCAUGGCCAAAGAAGAAGAAGAACACGAGAAGAGUUCAUCCAACACAACGAAACGGAAAAGAGGAGAAGAAGAAGAAGGACUGAUACCAGGCCUCCCAGACCACAUAGCCCAACUCUGUCUCUCAGCAAUCAACCCUUCACUUCUCUACAGAAUCUCACACUCAUGCAGACGCCUCAUUUACUCACAAUCAUUCCCUCCAUUCUUCUCUCUCUACGCCAUUCUAUCUCCUCUCCAAACCCAAACCCAAACCCAAACCCAAACCCAAACCCAAACCCAAACCCAAACCCAAAAUCAACCCAACCCAAUCCAAUUCCACAACUUUGACCCCAUCUCAUCCACCUGGCGGACCCUCCCUCACCCACACCCGCCGCUCCACCACCUCCUCCUCCGCCAUCCUUCCUUCCUCUCCCGGAACCUCUCCAUCCAAUCCAUCUCCGUCGCCGGCAACCUCGUCCUCCUCGCCGCCACCACCCACAACCUCUUCCCCGCUCUCCAACGCCCGUUAAUCUUCAACCCUCUCGCCCAAUCGUGGUCCUUCGGCCCCUCCCUCUCCACGCCGCGCCGAUGGUGCGCCCUCGGCUCCUCUCGCGGCUCGCUCUACGUCGCCAGCGGCAUCGGGACCCAGUUCUCCAUCGACGUCGCGCGCUCCCUCGAAAAAUGGGACCUGCGCAGGGGGAACGACGCCGUUUGGGAGAAGAAAAUGGACCUCAAGGACGCUAGGUUCACUAGAGAAGCAAUUGACGCUGUUGGAUGGAGAGGGAAACUCUGCAUGGUCAACGUUAAAGGCGAUGCUGCCAAAGACGGUGCCGUUUAUGACGUCAACGGUGAUUUCUGGACAGAGAUGCCGGAGGGCAUGUUGUGUGGGUGGAGGGGACCCGUUGCGGCUAUGGAUGAAGAUGUGAUGUAUGUGGUGGAUGAGGUUAAGGGUGUGCUUCGAAGAUACGUGCCAGAACAAGAUUCUUGGGAAGAGGUCGUCGAAUCUCAGAGAUUCAAAGGGGCUGAAAAGCUCGUUGCGGAAAGAGGAAGGCUUUGCGUUGUUUCUGCUUCUGGGAUUUCUGUCGUGGAUGUUGUGGCAGCGGCGCCACGGAUCUCGGUGGUGGAGUUGCCGGAAGGGUUUGAAGCGGUGGCCGUUCAUGUCUUGCCCAGGAUGCCGGUCACUGAUUUUGAUUUUUCUGUCUAAUGUUGAGAUUGAUGUGAGACUGAGAAUGAGACUCUUUUAUUUUUUGUAAGGAAAGUAAAAUAUAAAAUUAAACGAGAAGAAUAUAGUGACUCUCUUUUUGUUAUUGUGUAAAAUAAAAUGAGCUUGUGAAUGUUGGAACUUUGAAUAUAUUUGAUAUUUUUUCUUUGUUUUGUGGUCUCAAAACUUUAGAGCUGAAAGUGAAAAUUUGUCCGUAAUGCAAACAGAGGGGUGUGUGGGGGUGUGAGAGAUUUUUCUCAUUUGGGGAGAAAGUGGGUGGAGUGAAUGCCUUCUAAUGAUGAGGUUGGCAUUGAAUCCAUGGAUUUGUGAGGGCAGGGAGGAGAUUCAUGAAAUCAAUAGUAACAGUCCACUUUCUUCAGUUUCUGAUUUGAUUUCUGAUUGAGAAAGAAGGGUUGUGAGACCAAAUCAUGUUGCCUGUUUCAAUGGAUUCAUGUCAAUGUUGUGUGUUCCUCCUCAUUUUCUUUUAUUCAAUGGAUAAUUACACUUUA